UAUUAUUGUUAAUUUCUUUUUUAUUUUUAUUCUACUCCCCCCUGUUCCCAGGCCAGUAGGGUCUCCCUCUUUACAUCUGUAGCAGAACUCCGUCUCUUCUCGUCCGCAGCCAUGAAAGGACCGGGGCUAUUCUCCGACAUCGGCAGGACGGCCAAAGAUCUGCUGAUCAAGGACUACACCUGCGACCAGAAGCUAACCAUCUCCACCUCCAGCGCCUCCGGUGUGGCACUUACUUCUGCUGCUGUCAAGAAAGGAGGGCUUUACUCUUUUGAUGUUGGUACACAGUAUAAGUACAAGAAUACCCUCAUUAAUGUCAAAAUCGAUACCGAUUCGAAUAUUUCUACCACUCUGACCAUGGCAGAAAUCUUACCAUCCACAAAGACUAUUGCUUCUAUCAAGCUGCCCGAUUAUAACUCAGGAAAGCUGGAGGUGCAAUAUCUCCAUCAUCAUGCAAGUGUUGCCUCCGUGGUGGCUCUGAAGCAGAACCCUUUAGUUGAACUUUCUGGGACAGUUGGUGCCCAAGGCAUUGCAUUUGGUGCAGAGGCUGGCUUUGAUACUGCCUCUGGAACUUUCAUCAAAUAUACUGCUGGGAUUGGCCUGAAGAAACCAGAAUAUAAUGCUUCCAUCAUUCUGGCGGAUAAGGGAGACACUCUUAGAGCUUCGUACGUGUACCAUUUAGAUGAGAUGCAGAAGAGCUCUGUGGUCGCAGAGAUCGUUAGAAGGUUCUCUACCAACGAGAACACGAUGACUGUUGGAGGACAACAUGCACUGGAUCCCCAGACAACAGUGAAGGCAAGGCUCAACAACUCUGGCAAGCUCGGGGCUCUUCUCCAGCAUGAGCUGAAGCCGAAAUCCAUUCUAACGAUAUCCGGUGAGUUCGACACCAAGGCCUUGGAAAGGACUCCCAAGUUUGGUUUGGCUCUUGCUCUCAAGCCUUGACCAUUAAAUGUCGGAAUGAAUUGUGCAUUUAGUGGUUGGAUGGUGGAGGAUUUUGUACAAUAAACACAAUCCACAGACAUAUUUUUGAAGUUUUGGAUGCUGUGGGAACCAAUUGUUUUGUUGGGAUUUAGAUUCACACUCUUAUUAUUGGAGGCGUUCUCACUA